UCGCUCGCUUGUAGCGUAUCAUGUGAUAGGAGGCUAGGAGCUGGAAUUUGACACCUCGGGGGUUCAAAACUCUCAUGUGUUUAUGGGACUUGAUUUUGGCAGUGCUCCUGCGUUUAGAGCAGAGAGCGCGUCCCGAGGAGCUGAACGCGUCCGAUCGGGCGUUUACUGCGCAUCUGGGUCAGUCCAGACAACACUAGUGAGCUCUGGACACAAGUUUAUGUGAAAGACGUGGAUGUUCAGAAUUAUGCAUCAUCACUACAGGGAGAGGGCCAGAGGAAACAUUUUAAGGAAUACAUUUUCAUUAUCUGUGGAUUAUUUUCAUUUGACCGUUUCUUAAUUUAUUUCACUCAAGUCCAUGACAGGAGAGGUCGAUCGGGACAGAAAAGAUGGAAAUGGGUGGAGAAGUCUGGAGACCUGCAUGGCUGCACCUGCCCGAUGUCACCUGAGGAACUGGAAGGUGAUGCUGCUUGUGUUUGUAUGUCUUCUGGGUCUCGUUGAUGGACAUUUCCUUCAGGAGGAGAAAGAAGAGUCCCGUCCUAGCAAGCUGAGAGCCUCUUCAACCGCUCCAGAACAUCCAGAACCACAGAAAGAUCUAGAUGAGAGGCAGAGCAGAGCGCCAUGGGCACGACUGCACGAGUCAUCCCUGGCCGAGGAAGGUGAGGGUCAUCGAAUCCGGUGGCUGCGCUCCUCUACAAACAACUCCAGUUCUCGGAAAUCUCAGAGAAACCGUAAGGAGCAGCGCAAUCGCAAGCGAGGUCGGAGCAGCCAGGACUGUCGUUUGGAGAGGAAGGAGAUGAGGGUUCGUGAUCUGGGCCUCGGCUAUGAUUCGGAUGAGAUCGUUCUGUUCAAGUACUGCGUGGGGACGUGCAUGAGCGCCCGUAAGAACUACGACCUGGCCCUGAAGGUGCUGACGGACAACGGCAGCGUUCCAAGCCGCAAGCUGAGCCUUCACCCCUGCUGCAGACCCACACGCUUCGAGACCGUCUCUUUCAUGGAUGCCCAGACGAGCUGGCAGACCAUCAAAUGGCUUUCAGCGGCAAACUGCAGCUGUGUGGGAUGAGAGAAGCCCAGGAGACACAGCCGGUAAAAUCAUUCCAAAGCUCCGGUGUAGAAGGCGAGGAAAUUCCAGUGCAAGGAAUCGGAUGCAGUGCUUCUGAUGAUGCACUACAAACGCAGCAGAUCUGCUACCGUCGGCACAGGAGCAACAGGGAUACAGGACGUCCUGCAGGGAGACGGUCAGAAAGCGUUGGGGUUUGCAUCAUGUGACCUCGGAGAGCUAAAAACUGUACCUGUGAAGCAGGCCAUCAGUUUCCUGCUCCAGACUGCAUGGAUAGUUCGUGAAAAGUAACUUGAAGGCCUACAUUUCACAUGAUCUGCCUCUAGGAGUUGAGAUGUUUUAAGAACUUGGGUACCAUGAAGGUUCA